CAGAGAUCGCAGCUCGCUGCAGACUUGCAUUUGGGUUUUUUUCAUCAUUCUCAGCGAGAGGUUCACGUUCAGCUACUAACAGCAGAGCGGAUAAGGUCCUUGUCAGUAACCAAUUCGUGGAUGUUAUUGAGUCAGCAUGGGUGGUCCACCUGAGUAGAGGGGGAUCGCUAUCAAACAAAUUUGUUACAACAUCGUACGUCUGUAAACGUAGUGUCUCGGUAGAACAAGGACUCGGCACUGCACGAGAUCUUCUUGUCGGGUCUGCGGAUGAAGGUGUGAAGUGGAGCGGUCGUGUAACAGUUGGCACGACCGUCCUGGACAUUAUGGUGCCUCCACUCCAGCGCGCUUCCUGCCACAGCCUCGGGUCUAGCACGGCGCUUCGACGAGGACUUCUAGGUUUUCUGUGGCUGGCCAGUACCUCGUUGCAGGAAAAAUUCGGUCUCGUCACUCGUGUCGGAGCGGUCUCUUCGCGAACGAAACGGCAAGAAAAGAGCAGUGGAGGAAGUUUAAGAAAAGAUUCGAGGAAAGAUCCAGCCGCGGUUGUGGACACACCGAGUGACCUGGAGGACCCGGUCCAGGAGAAACUUCAUGCAGGUCUUUUGAAAUAA